CAACUCCGAUCAGGUGGUUACAUUCAGAGCAGGACCAGUCAUGUUUGGGGCACGCCUAUCAGUCAGUUAGAGAUUGUGAAUUUUCUUGUGAACAAGACCAACCAUGUAUCCCCGUUCUACUGCCCAAGAUGUGCACCGAUGUGACCUUUGUGAGACCGCCAUAGUCCACAGCUACUGUGACAUUUGUCAUGUCAACCUCUGCAAGCCCUGCAUUGGAGAUCACAUCUCAGAUGGAUAUCUUAAACAUGCAAUUGUGCCUUUCCAGGAACGAAGAUCAACCCUUAUUUAUCCAAAAUGUGAAACACAUCCACAUAAAACUUGCGAAUUUCAAUGCGAGGAUUGCAACAAUAUAUUUGUUUGUUCUUCUUGCACUGCAUCCAAACAGCACAAAGGGCAUAACUUUGUAGAAGUUACAGAAGUUUACAAGACAAAGAAGGAAGUUCUCAAAAAAGACAUUAAAGAGUUAGAAAAUCAUAUUUCUCCUUCUUAUGAAAAAAUUACUCUGGAAUUGGAACAAACGCUUGCCAACCUGGAUGUAGGAUAUGAGAAACUUACAGCAAUAAUGUCCAAACAAGGAGAGCAAUGGCACAGAGAAAUUGACAUCAUCAUAAACAAAAUGAAAACUGAAAUCAGCGAGAUAAAAGUGCAACACAGAGAAAUUUUACAGAAACAUUUGAAUCAAAUUAAACAGGUACAAUCUGCCAUAAAACAAUCAUUAUUGGCCAUACGAGAAAUCGAGAAAUCCACAGAGGUAUCUUCUACCAUUGAAUACAGUUCUAGAAUUAGUGAGUUUAGCAAGCUUCCACCCAAGGUUCAGGUAUCACUACCAACAUUCAUUCCAAAAUCAAUAGACCGUGAGAAGCUGUAUAGUUUGUUUGGACAGAUUACCCCAUUAUCUACAGCCACAGAAGACAAUAUCUCGUUACUAAACCAACCAAACACUACAGUCAGAGAACUACUGGAUGAACCUGAGCUUGUUACCACAAUACAUACUGGGCAUCAAUAUCUACGCAGUGUUACCUGUCUGAAUGAAGGCAUAAUAUGGGCGAGUGGAACGACUAAUGAAAUCAAAUGCUUCAACAGUAAAGGUUCACUCCUCCAAACAAUCGAGACAAAAUCAGGUAAUUAUCCUUAUGAUAUAGCCGUAGACAGUGAUGGGUAUCUACUGUACUCUGUUUGGUCAACAGGGUCAGUGUAUAAAGUAAAGAAUGAACAGAUAGAAGAGUUGAUCAGAUUACAGGAAUGGCUGCCUGUCAAUCUGUGUGUCACCUCUACUGGUGAUCUCCUGGUUACCAUGUUCCGUGUUGAUUACACUCAAUCCAAAGUUGUCCGUUACUCGGGAUCUACAGAGAAAGUCAAACAAACCAUUCAAUUUGAUGAUGAAGGUAAACCUCUGUACUCAGGAUAUAGCGAUACAAAAUACAUCACUGAGAACAGAAACCAUGACAUCUGUGUAGCUGACUGUGCGGCUGGUGCAGUAGUUGUGGCUAAUCAGGAUGGGAAACUCAGAUGGAGAUAUACUGAUCAUCCUUCAGUUACCAAGAAAAAAACAUUUAAACCUAGGGGUAUUGCAACAGACAGUCAGAGUCAUAUCCUUACAGCAGACAAUGAAAACCACUGUAUCCACAUUCUGGAUCAGAAUGGACAGUUUCUCCGUUACAUUGAUAACUGUGAUCUGAAGUAUCCCUUUGGUUUAUGUGUGGACAAUAAUGACAAUUUGUUUGUGUGUGAGUAUUACAAAGGGAAUGUAAAGAAAACCAAAUACUUAAAAUAGACAUCAUCAAUUGAUAAAAUGAGAUGUGAAUAUAACAAAUGUGACCAUCCAUAUUUUUCUUUGUAUAUUGAUGUUCAUUGCGUGGUUUUUUUAUAAAAUACAUUCCUUAUACAAAUUGAUUAUUUAUAUCCCUUCAUUUACUAUUAAUUAAAGAAAAAGUGAACAAGCUCACAUACCCCACGCUCCCCCAUUACUUGACAAUGCUAUAUAAUGAAUGGCAGAGUAUUAGCAUUAAAUACACAAAUUUUGGAAAUAGAAAAAAAUACUUCAGCAAGUGUUAAGUGCUCUAACAAUAAAUGCACUAGUACAACUUAACAUUUAAUUUAGCAAUUUUGAAAGAUUUUGUUUGAAUAGACAUGGACAUCUUGUGGAUUUCUAUAGAUUAUUUUAAACGAAUGCCUUUGUUGUACUAUUGCA